AUGUCAAGUCACCUAUGUGUAUUCCAAGGAUCAAAGGUAUUGAUCGAUGGUGAAAUUCAGCCCGCGACAAUCGUGGUCGAUACCUCCACGGGCAAGAUUCUUCAAGUGAACGACGGACUCCCUGCCGCUGUUGACGAUAUAGAUUGGGUAGAUGCCGGAGAUAAUUUAAUCCUCCCAGGUCUCGUCGAUGCUCACGUCCAUCUCAAUGAGCCAGGCCGUACUGACUGGGAGGGUUUUUGGACCGGCACCCGGGCUGCCGCCUCAGGCGGCGUCACCACUGUAGUUGACAUGCCGCUGAAUUCUAUCCCGCCAACCACUACAGUCGAAAAUUUGGAGGAGAAGCGGAAGGCAGCUCAGGACCAGUGUUGGACUGACGUUGCCUUCUGGGGUGGUGUUAUCCCAGGCAAUCAGUCUCACCUGAGACCCUUGAUAGAUGCAGGCGUGAAGGGAUUUAAAUGUUUUCUCAUCGAGAGUGGUGUCGAUGAAUUCCCAUGUGUCACAGCGGAUGACUUACAUCUCGCCAUGGAAGAGUUGAAGAACACAUCUACCGUCCUAUGUUUCCACGCGGAACUCGAGGGCAACUCACACAACCCUCAUACUGAAACCCAAGAUCCUACCCUCUAUGCUACAUUCCUGGAAUCACGCCCUCAAGAGCUGGAAGUCAAUGCUAUCUCCCUGAUCAACGACCUCCACCGCCAAUACCCUGGGCUUCGCUUGCACAUUGUUCAUCUCUCUGCAGCCCUCGCACUUCCCCUCAUCCGAGCAGCAAAGGCAUCUGGUCUUCCUCUCACUGUAGAGACGUGCUUCCACUAUCUGUGCCUAUCCGCAGCACAGAUACCCGACGGAAAGCCCGUGUUCAAAUGUUGUCCCCCGAUCCGCGAAGAAGGGAACAGGGAAGAAUUGUGGGAGGCACUUUUGGAUGGCACGAUCGAUUGCGUUGUGAGCGACCAUAGUCCUUGCAUUGCCUCGCUCAAACACAUAGAGGACGGGGACAUCAUGCAUGCGUGGGGCGGCAUAAACACGCUUGGUCUCGGCCUGAGCUUACUCUGGACGGAAUGCCGCAAACGCAGUAUCGGUAUCGAGCGUAUCGUUAAUUGGGUGUGCACCCAAACGGCGAAACACGCUGGAUUAGGCGAUAGAAAGGGACAGAUAAAGGCUGGUUACGACGCUGAUCUGAUAUUGUGGGAUCCCAGCGCAAAAUCCACAGUGACGCCAGAGUCGCUUAAUUUCAAGAAUAAGCUGACCGCAUAUGAAGGCCAAGUUCUGUAUGGGCGGGUCCAGCAAACAUAUGUCGGCGGAAAGCUUGUGUAUAACAAUGGAUUCGACGGGCUGAAACCAGUUGGAAAAUUAUUGUAA